ACAUCUACAACACUACAAACUAUUUCCACAUCACUCUGCUUUUUCUCUCCCUUUCAUCCCCACCCUUGAAUCCACUACCAAACACUCCCUUCUUCCAUUCUUGAUGCUUCCCUUUGCCCAGAAAAUAAAGUAUACCCUUUUCUUGAUCCUCAAGUCUCUUCUAUGCUCCCUACAUAUAUACACAAAAAAAGCAUAUUUACAUACACAUUUUAUCAAUCACACCCUUGAAAGACCACCAUGAACCAGAGUUGUGAGAGUGAGUGCAAGAAGAUUCAUGAUUCAUUGGGGAGGAUAACCCAUUUGGCCCAAGCUUUGGCUUGUAAAACCCAACUUGAAAUCAAGAAAAUUAGAGAGACAUACUUGGCAAUGUAUGGUGAAGAUUUGAUUGAUCUUCUCCAAAAGAAUAGUCAAUUGAGCAAUACCCAAAAGAAUGUGUGUGAAGCCUUGUAUAUGUGGAUGCUUGAUCCAAUUGAGCGUGAGGCUGUCAUGGUUAGGGAAGCACUUGAUCAGCAGCAGAGUGAGGUCAACUACAAGGUACUUGUAGAAAUGUUUGUGGGUAGGAAAUCAAGCCUUGUUGUUCUAAUCAAGCAAGCUUAUCAAGCAAAGUUUAGGAGGCAAAUGGACCAGGAUAUCGUCAACAUUGAACCUCCCCAUCCAUACAAGAAGAUUUUGGUGGCAUUGGUUGCAUCACACAAAGCCCACCAUGCAGAUGUUAGCCAACACAUUGCCAAAUGUGAUGCUAAGAGGCUCUACCAAACAGGGGAGGGAAUGUCAGGGUCCAUAGAUGAAGCUGUUGUGCUUGAGAUAUUCAGUAAGAGAAGCAUUCCUCAGCUCAAGCUCACAUUUUCUUGCUACAAACAUAUUUAUGGCCAUGAUUAUACAAAGUCACUCAAGUAUGGGAACUAUGGGGAGUUUGAGGAUGCUUUGAAAGUGGUUGUGAAAUGCAUAUACAAUCCACCUAAAUAUUAUGCAAAGAUAUUGUAUGCAAGCAUAAAGGGAAUAACAACAGAUAAGGGUGGUUUGACACGUGUAAUGAUGAAUAGGGGUGAGGUAGAAAUGGAAGAGAUUGAAAGGGUCUUCAAGAAGAAAUAUGGAAUGGAACUAAGUGAAGCCAUAUGUGAGAGUGAGAACAUUCCAUCAGGAGAUUACAGACACUUCCUUGUUGCCUUGGCCACAAGAACAAGAACAAGAACAACUAACACCACCAUCACUGCCACUGCUAUCUCUUAAUGACAUGUUUUUUUUCCAAGUAUGUGUUUUGUAAAACAAAAAGUUGAUGCCAGAAUGUGUUUUCUUCAUUUUUACUUUAUCUGGCAUGUGUGAGGUGAAUUGUAAUUUACUAACUAGCCCUUCCUUGGGUGUAUUGCAAUGAUCUAAACCAAAAUAUAUAUGGGUAUAGUAUAUUACAUUAACUUCAAA